GGGYUAAAAGGCAAUAGAGGGAAGCGCGGUGGWGUAGGCGUUGUCGGAAAGAAGGGCUCAAUUGGACCGCCAGGCGAACGUGGUUUUGAUGGACUCCGGGGCGAAAGAGGAGAAGAAGGGGCCUCUGGAGAARUCGGUUCCACGGGCGUUAUUGGUAGAAGAGGAGAUGCGGGUGGAAUGGGACUCUUUGGAAAACAGGGUCCAGGUGGUCCGUCUGGUCCUAUUGGUUUUAAUGGAACUGCUGGGCCAGAGGGCUUUGUUGGAGAAAUCGGCAAAACUGGAAAACCUGGAAAAUCUGGAGGAAAGGGUGAUCCUGGCUCCAAAGGACGUAUUGGACCAACUGGUGAUGUUGGAGAACAGGGACUAAUUGGGCCAAAAGGUGAAGAGGGAGAGCUGGGAAUCAAAGGCUACUUGGGUAGUCCUGGUGCUGUUGGUGUCAUUGGGUUACCUGGUGAAGGUGGAGAAAAGGGUAUCAUCGGUGUAAUGGGGCCUCCGGGUUUCUCAGGCUACGAGGGGAUCGAGGGAAAUACAGGUCCAAAAGGCUUGCCGGGAUUGCCAGGGAAGAAAGGUGCAAGGGGGGGAGCAGGAGAUCGAGGGGAGUCCGGUUUCAAGGGCGCCAAAGGAGUCACUGGAAUUGUUGGAUUUCGUGGACAUCCAGGUGAUCCUGGAGAAUUAGGACUUCCUGGAAUUGGCGUGGGACCGCAAGGAGAAAAGGGAAUGUCGGGAAUUCCUGGGACCAAGGGUCCUAAAGGUUACAAAGGUUUUCUUGGCUUCCAUGGAAAGCAGGGUUUCAAGGGAGUGAUCGGAGAUGAAGGACAUCGUGGGAAUCGAGGGGCUGUAGGAACAUCGGGCAUUGGAGGUAAACAUGGACCGAAAGGAGAGCRUGGCACUGUCGGAGGUCAGGGAGCUCCUGGAAUAAAAGGCUUCAUCGGAGAUMGAGGCGUUCGUGGAACCAAGGGAAAAAGUGGUUCAACUGGAUCUUCUGGUGGGAUAGGUCCCUUUGGUAGUGAGGGAGAACGUGGAGAUCCCGGUCCACAGGGAAAGCCUGGAUCAGUAGGAGGCAAGGGAGAGGAUGGAGAACAAGGACCAGAUGGUGAURGUGGUAAAGUUGGUCCAGUGGGUCCUAAGGGUGAUCUUGGUUUGAAAGGGCACAAAGGCAAAGUUGGUGACAAGGGUAUUGUGGGAGGCAAGGGUGCCAAAGGGGAAAGAGGAAGAGAAGGACCCAAGGGAAAAGUCGGUGAAAGAGGUCCCUUGGGUUUAUUUGGACAAAAAGGUUUCCGGGGAUUACUUGGCCCAAUUGGUAUCCCUGGUAUCAAAGGAAUUCCUGGYAACAUGGGUCGCAAAGGUUUCCAAGGAGAUUCUGGCGAAGCUGGUGAUCGAGGUGACAAGGGAGUGAGAGGAUAUAAUGGCAGGAUGGGUGGAAUUGGCACGAAGGGCACAAGGGGUGACCAUGGAGAGCAGGGCGAGAAAGGUGCCGUGGGAAGGAAAGGCCCCCCUGGUGUAAGUGGAAGAACUGGUAAACGUGGUGGGAUCGGAGCUCCAGGACCUGAGGGUCUACGAGGCUCCAGGGGAAUGCAAGGAUCUAGGGGCGAACCAGGUGUCAAGGGUGUUGGCGGACAUAAGGGUGGUAAAGGUCCACCGGGUCGUCCUGGACCUGUACGUGGUAUACGUCAAUUUACCAACCAACUCACAAGGCAUCUACGUCAAGAGUACAUGACAGGUAGCACCAAGAAUAUCCUGUACAUGUCCCAGUCUAUCGAGACUCCUCUUGGAACACGAUCCAAUCCUGCAUUGACAUGUAAAGAAUUAAAGCAUAUCCCAGGCAUAAAAGAUGGGCGUUACUGGAUCGAUCCUAACAUGGGUUGUCCUGGAGAUGCCGUCAAAGUGUAUUGCAGAUUUAAAACCCUUGAAACAUGUAUCCUUCCCCACCAGCUUGAGCUUCCUAAACAAAAGUGGCAUAAUGUCACUCUGCCUGGCUGGAAAAGAUUUUCGGAACUUGUGAAAGGAAAGAAGAUAACAUACAGAAUCAACAAAGUCCAACUUAACUUUCUAAGAUUAUUAAGCACCAGUGUAUCACAAAGARUAGCAAUAAAGUGCAAAGCUGUCGUCGUGUGGUUCCAUAGAACAACCAAAAGCUAUCGAUACUCAUGGAAAUUUCAUGGCCCUAGAGAUCAUGAGUUUUCACAAGAUAGCAAAGUACUUCCUAAAGUUCUUAGAGACAAUUGCAAGUAUGACGAUGGAAAGUGGAGACGAACAGUGUUUCAAUUUUCUAGCGAAAAAAUCAAUCAACUUCCAAUCGAAGACUUUACAUUUUACCAUCGAAGYUUACUUGAAGAAGAACUUGGCGCUAAAAUUGGACCCGUUUGUUUCCAGUAAUUACGUACAUGGUGUAUUUAUUGAGAACCCUUCGACACUUGUAAUUAGUAUUAUGUCAGUUGUACCAGCAAAAUAUCAGUUCAUUUCUUUGUUUAGUUAUUAAAAUUUCUUACACUCCA